AUUAAAUGCAUGCAUUUACAUUCUUUAUUGUGAGACAGUGGGAAACUGUAGCCAUGGUUUAGGGGUCAUGGUGUCAUGGAGUCUGUAAAUGUAAAUGUCAAUAAAAAGUUAAUUACAAGCAUAGCUCACGUAACUGGGCAUGAACACUCAAACUUGGCUUUCUUGUUGGGUGACUUGUAAAUGUAAACCUCCUCAUGCGUCACCUGCUGACGUCUGCUCGUACAAAGAUCUCUGGACACAGGCCAACCUUCAGUCAACUUGGAUCCUGACCACAGACCUCAGUGGGAUCUGCGUUCAUUGACAGGUGUCAGAGAGUGAAUAGUUUCCACUACUGAUUUACAUGAACUGCAGUUAACAGUUAAAUAAUUUGAGUAAAUACUUUAUUAUUUGUUGAAAUUGUGUUUUCAACAAAUAAAAAAAAUAGUGGCUACAAUCAAAGCAGUCAGCUUAUUGGUUGGUAGGAUGAAGUGGGUGGAGUUUAAAACAUGACAUCAGAGCUAAAGGAGUAUUUAUGGAGACCUUGGCCUAUUUUCUACUGGGGGAUAAAGAAUGACUGAGGCUCCACUGAACAACUUGCUGCUUGCGUAUUGUUUUGCCAAUCUGAUUUCGGGUCAAUGGCUCACUCAUCUGGACUUGUGGAGAUUGCUGUCAGGCUGUGUUUGAACCAGAGUAAACAGCUCUGUCCUCAUGUUUGGGUUCCCAUCCUGAAGCCCCAGCGUUCCUGUAUCCGCCUGGUGUCAGAUCAGCUACUCUCAGACAUCCACAGUCCGGCAGCUUUCCUCAACCAUCCCUUCUCCAAUCUCUUAGACUUGGAUGACGUGGAUGAUGAGAUUUUACUGCCAAUUAGGGAGAAACGGGUGAUGUUUGCUGACUCCAGAGGUCUGUCUCUCACAGAUGUUCGAGAGUUUUCUGAUGAUGAGGAGCAUUCUGACUUUAACAUGCUACCAUCGCUGCAAGGGCUGGGGAGCACGACAGAGGACAGCUAUAGCCGCACUGUCAGCACCUGCUGCCCAGGCACACAGCUCGUACUGGGCUUCCCACAGCCCUCUGCAGAUUUCCAGGCCUUUCGAGCCAAACUGGAGGAGAGCAUGGUGAUCCUGGAGAACUGCAGUGUCACUGAACAGACCCUACAGGGCACAGUCCGUGUCAGGAACAUCAGUUUCCAGAAGGACGUGCGUGUCCGCAUCACUUUUGACUCAUGGCAGAGCUUCAAAGAUGUGUCAUGUACAUAUGUCCAGAAGCGCUUCGGAGGACCACAGACAGACAUCUUUGAAUUUGACAUCUCUAUUCCCAAAGUGCUAGACGCCAAGAGAAAGAUUGAAUUCUGUUUGCGUUAUCUGCCAGGAGGUCACAGCCAACCUUUUUGGGACAAUAAUUGUGGACACAAUUACAGCAUUGUAGUAAAUGUGAGCUCACACCUCUGUAGUGGGAAGAAUAGAAGCGAAAGAGCAUGACCUACGACCUUUCCAAUGGCUAAUGUUACCGCUGUUCUAACGCCCUGCAACAAAAGUGUUUAACAAACAAGUCAAACGUCAAAAAGUCAAAGCCAAAAAAUUAUUGUUUGUUUUUCCUUUUUAUGAUUCUUUUUUUCUUUUGAAUGUUGUGUCAAAGCUCUUGUAAGUGGAUGUGAAUAAAUGUGAAUGCUA